AUGCAGCCUGCGACACCCGUUGCCACAGAUGGCUCCGUGGGCAGUGGUGCUGGACCAACACCCCAAAUGAUUGGCAUUCGCUUUGUCAAAACGUAUUAUCAAGUCUUGUCGACCACUCCCGCUCAAAUCUUCAAGUUUUACAAGCCUUCUUCCGUUCUAAGUCACGGUGAGGGAAGCACUCCCACCAGUGCUGUGGACUUUGAAAAGUAUGACCUGAAUGUCCGAUGGGGAGAGGCUCAGCGAUUUGAUUUUGAUAAUGGAGCCAUUGAUGCCCAGCCAUCAGCGGAUGGAAGCAUUUUGUUGGUAGUGACCGGUCACGUUCUUGUUAAGGCUGGUGAUGGAAAGGAAGAGCGAAAGGGAUUUGUGCACACUUUCUUCCUAGCAUUGGUUUCUUUGCCCAAUAAGCAAAAGACUUAUUAUGUCAAAAACGACAUUCUUAGAUUCUUGAAAUCGGAUGUGCCAUCGGUCGUGGAUGCUGCUCCUGCUGAUCCUACUCCAGAGCUAGCUGCUGUUGCUGCUGCAGCUGCAGCUGCUGUGACACCAGAACUAGUAGCAAAGGAGGAGGCUGCACCUGUGGAGGUACCAGCUGUAGUGGAAGAGGAACCUGCCAAGGAGGAAAAGAAGGAGGAUGUCCCAGCUGAAGUUGUCGAAGUUCCGAAGGAGGAACCAAAGGUUGAGAAAGAACCAGCCCCUGUUGAGGAUAAACCCAAGGAGGCCAAGGAACAACCCAAGGAGACCAGCGCGGCAGAACCAAAGAAGAAGGAAAAAGGAAAGAGACAACGUGGACGAGGAAAGUCCCCACAAAACGCUGCGAAACAACAACCUGCUUCGAAGCCAACACCUGGAUCUUGGGCUAGUUUGGUUGCUUCGGGAAGUGGCCCAACGGCUACGCCUGCCCAGCAAGCAUCAUCGACUCCUGCGAAGGCACCAGUUUCAGAAAAGACGGAAACUCCAGCGAAGUCCAAUGCUCCAACCGAAACGGUAGAAAAGACGGAUGCAGCCAGCACCAAGGAGAAUGGAAAGAAUAGCAACAAGGAUAAACCAAAGAGAGAUCCUGAUAACACCUUGGUCAUCAAGAAUUUGCCUGAUGGUACCAAAGAGGCAGAAUUGCUCGCAAUUUUUGAACAAUUUGCAGUUCAAACCAAUGCCAAGAUUGUGAGCUCUACUAUUUCGAGUCAUCGCGGGCUGGCCUUUGUCGACUACGACUCUGUGGCACCCGUCAUGGCGGCAGUAGAACAACAUGGAAAGGAACCUAUCCAAUUGAAUGGAAAGGUUCUAGAGGUGGACCAAAAGACAGCCGAACAACGGGCUAGAAAGGCACGUGGCGGGUAUCGUAGUGGAUCACCCAACAACAACAGCAACAACAACAAUAGCAACAACAACCAAAACAAUAAUAACAACCGUGGAGGCGGGCGCCAAAACAAACGAAACAAUGGCGGCCGUGGCGGUAAAGGAAAUCGAGGAGGAGGAGGAAAUGGAGGAAACAACAGUGGCGGUAAUAACAACAACAAAGAUGGAGGAGGAGGCCAGCAGAGGUAG